AUGACCAAUUUGAAUGAAACCAUUGGAAGUCAGGUCACUGAAUUCAUUCUCAUUGGCAUCACAAAUAAUCCUGAGCUACAAAGUCCCCUCUUUGGGGUAUUUUUCCUCAAUUACAUGGCCAUAGCUCUGGGGAACCUGGGACUGAUCAUCUUAACCAGUGUUGAUCUCCAUCUGCAAACCCCCAUGUACUUUUUUCUCAGGCACCUGGCAUAUGUUGACCUUGGCUAUUCCACUGCUAUUGGUCCAAAAAUGCUGGUCAGUUUCAUAGAGGAGAAAAACAUCAUUUCCUACAAUGGAUGUGCAAUACAAAUAUGUUUCAUUUCCGUACUUAUAACCUGUGAAUUUUUUAUCCUGUCGGCCAUGGCCUAUGAUCGCUAUGUGGCUAUCUGUAAGCCCCUUCUCUACAUGGUCAUCAUGUCAGACAGGGUGUGCUGGGUCUUAUUGGCUAUCUCAUAUGUCCAUAGUCUUAUAGUUUCCUUAGUGAUCACAAUAAAGCUUUUUAAUUUGUCAUUCUGUGAAUCCAAUGUAAUACGUCAUUUCUACUGUGACAGUCUUCCUUUACUGUCCAUUGUAUGCUCAGACACAAGUGAGACUGAAUUAAUUAUUAUGAUCAUUUCUGCAUUUAAUUUGAUUUCUUCAGUAUCAAUAAUCCUGGCCUCCUAUAUGAUUAUUCUUGUGACUAUCCUCAGGAUGAACUCUGCUGAAGGUAGACAGAAAGCCUUCUCUACCUGUGGCUCCCAUCUCACAGUAGUAACUGUUUUUUAUGGGACACUUAUCUUUAUGUACCUACAACCUCAAUCAAGCCACUCCUUGGACACAGACAAAAUAGCCUCUGUAUUUUACACUCUGGUAAUGCCCAUGCUCAACCCAUUGAUCUAUAGUUUGAGGAACAAAGAAGUAAAAGGUGCAGUGAAAAGACUCUUUAAGAAACUAAUGUAA